AUGCGUCCCGCUCCCGCGGCCCUCGCGCUGCUCCUCUUGCUGGGCACGACUGCGCUCUUCAUCCUGGCCACCAUCGGCGCGCCCGUCCACAAGGACUGGGACAUGAUCUCGGUCAAGCUGCAGCCCGAGGCGGCGCAGUAUGGGCAGGAGGUCGAGCAGCUCAACGUUCUUGCCAGGGGCGGCGAGACAAUUGUCCAGGUUGGCGUUCUGGGGAUUUGCUAUCAGUUUAAAGUUAUUGUCCGCCGGGUACUCUGCGCAGUUGAUCUGCUUGCAUGUCCUUCGCCAACGACCCUUCCUGCAGCCUUCCUUCCCGCUUCCUGCCACGCUCCCCGACCAUCAUCUUCAACCAUCAUUUCUCCUCCUACGGUCAAGCUAGAUCAGCUCUCGAACGCAGCUAACCCCAGCCCCUGGAUCGCGAAGAACUGCACCGACCCCGGCCUUGGCUAUCCCUUCCCCGACCUCCCCGGCCUCAUCAUCGACCAGCCCGACCGCUACCGUGCGCUCACAGUCGCGCUGGUUCUGAACCCGCUCGCGGCCGGUCUGGCUGCGACGGCGGCCACCAUCUGGGUGUUUGCCUUGGCCUCGAAUCUCCGUGUCCUCGCCGUGGUCGCGUUAAUCCCCAUCGUGCUCGCCAAGUUUGCGGCCGUCACUGCGUUCGGGGUUAACUUGGCUAUCGUCCUGGUGUGUAUCUCGUCUUCCCCUCGUUCACCUCUUCCUCUUCUCAUCUGCCACACUCUUCCACUACCGUCACCGGCCACUCCAUCUCGCCCAGCUCCCCGCUUGCCCACUGAGCUAACCCCAGGUCCUCCGCUCGCGUAUCUGGGACGUCUCCCAAGGCGCUCUGUCGGGUCACAUCGGCCCCCUGUUCUGGUUCUCCGUCGGCGGAUGCUGCACGGCCAUGCUCGCAUUCCUGUGCGCGGUGCAGGGCACGCGUGGCGAGAAGAAGAAGUGCAACAAGCGCAGGGGCCACAGUACUUACUAGCUACCUCGCCCGCUGCCGCCAAAUCUGCCGCCGAGGAUCCCGUCGCUGUCUUCCCUCUCGUCUUUGUCUGA